AUGAAUUAGCUUAUGAUGUACGCCCGAGUAGCAGAGAACGUUAUAGUUUGUGUAGUGAACGACGGUUUAAAUGUUCUUUUCUUCUUGUGGCUGGCGCUGCCACGGUGCAGUUGGUGUGCGUUCUUUAUCAUGAAGGGAUUACUGUUCUUGUUUCUGCUGUAUAUUUUCCAUAGCCGGGGAGCCGUCGUGGUAAACUCUGAAGAACAUCCGGCCGUAAAUGAACGUCCUAUCAUCGGCGUUCUCUCUCAGGAGCAGUCUUUUUACCUUCAAGGUAAAUUUCCUGAGGAGAACUAUACAAGUUACAUUGCGUCAUCGUACGUCAAGGCUUUAGAAACAGCCGGAGCGAGGGUUGUUCCCAUUUUAAUUGGCAAAGAUCGAGAAUAUUACAGAGAUCUCAUGAAAAAAUUAAAUGGAGUCUUGUUUCCCGGUGGAGCCACUUACUUUAACCAAUCCAAUGGGUAUGCAGACGCUGGCCAGCACAUAUACGAGAUUGCCAAGGAGAUGAAUGAUGUCGGUGACUAUUUUCCAAUUUUCGGAACGUGCCUCGGUUUCGAACUGUUAAUCAUUCUUGCUUCUGGCCGUGGAGAGAAAGAAAAUAGAAUUAGGUGUUAUUCUUUCUCUAAUUUACCCUUGGAUUUUACGGAUGACUUCCGUAAAAGCAAAAUGUUCCGCGACGCCCCUGAUAAUCUAGUAAACAUACUGGCCAACGAAAAUGUAACAGUCAAUCAACAUCAGUUCUGCAUUGUGGAUGAGAAUCUAAAAGCCUACAACCUCACUGAUGAUUGGAAAGUGUCCUCACAUUCUGAUGACGACUAUGGAGUUCAGUUCAUAGCAAGCAUCGAACAUACGAGAUAUCCAUUCUACGGUGUACAAUUCCAUCCAGAGAAGAAUGCAUUUGAAUGGAAAAAGUCCAAAAAUCAUCCGCAUUCGCUGGAAGCUAUCAAAGCGAACAGAUACUUUAUGGAUUUCUUCGUUGAAGAAUGCAGGAGAAAUACCCAUUCUUUCGCUAGUCAAGCGGAAGAAAACCGAUAUGUAAUCUAUAACUACGAGCCUAAAUUUACCGGCGUGUUAGGAAGUGCUUUCCAUCAAUGCUACUUUUUUGAACCCAGGGGCACCGUGGCACGUUGAACAUCAGGAGGCAAUCACUGUGAAAGCAACUUUGGUAAAUAAAUGAGCAAUUAUAAAUGA